GGUGACACAGUCGUAGGUGAACAGGGUGUAGAGGAUGGGAUUGAGGUUUCGAGAGUGGAACGUGCAAACACGUGGGCGGUGGGCACCAUCUUGCGUAGUUAAUCGAUUACAUUUUGUCUUAUUGAUCUGCAUCUGCAAAGUAGCUAAGCCUUUAAACUAAUCAUGGAAACGAAUCCAGAAUUGUACAUGAGUACAUGUACUCAGAUCAGUGGCGUACUGUUUGACUGUCACGUUUCAUUUAAAGUGAAGAUCGGUGCUUUAUUUCUGCUUGGUCUCUGACCUGAGUGGAAACUCAUCAAUGUCAAAAUCAGGCAGCGACUUUCGCCUGUUUGAUAACCAGCGAGUCUCUGAGCCACUUCUCCAACUGCUUUUUCUUUGGGAUCAUCCGCCGCUGCUGUGACCUUUGACCAUUCGCCGGCUGUUCUUACACAGGUCUGUGAUCUCCACAAAGUUUUUUUGUUGGUGUUGGUGUUAGACCUUUUGGUCAGUACAUGUGACGUCUCUGUGUCAAUAUUUGAGUUUAGUUUAACCAUUGAUUCGCUGGCUCUGUUCUCCAUUUUACAUCCAGACAGAGACCAGACGUCCUCGCAGGAAAAGACAGGAGACACAGAAACAUGUUGCUGUCCUCAGCUCCAACCCUGAGCCUUUGCACUCUGCUCUUCUGCUCUGAUCUCAUCCAGUGUUCAGUGUUCCUGGUUCAGUCUUCCGCGGGUCAGGUCCUCCGCUCCUCCCCCUCCCCCUCUUUCAGGAGGCGUCGAGCCAACGCCUUCCUGGAGGAGAUGUUACCUGGAAACCUGGAGCGGGAGUGUUACGAGGAAAAUUGUUCUCAGGAAGAGGCUGCCGAGAUCUUCCAGACCAAAGAGAAGACGCUGGAGUUUUGGUUCAGAUACAUAAAUCUGAACCCCUGUCGGACAAACCCCUGUCUGAACGGAGGGAUCUGCACUCUGGAGCGAGGAGACUUUGUGUGUCUCUGUCCUCCGCAGUACCGCGGCAAUCUCUGUGACUCAGUGGUGUCGGAGUGUCGCUAUAGAAACGGAGGCUGUAUGCAGUACUGCAGAGACCUGACAGGUGGCGCUGGAGUUCAGUGUGGCUGCGCUGAUGGAUUCAAACUGGAGCUUGAUGGACACAGCUGCUCUCAGACGGUGAUGGUGCCGUGCGGCCAGCAGCAGUAUGAGAUGGCGUUCUCGACCCGAUCUCUGUGGACUGAGGAAGGCAAUGUCACAGAGAGCUGGUGGCCUGAACUGAAUUUGACAAAGUCUGGGGAGAAUAUAGAGAACACAACAAUCAGAGAGAGAGGAGUGAACAGCACAUUGCUGAUGGGGGGGGGGGAGGAGGAGGAGGGUGAAGAAGAAGGUGAGCGGGCGAUGUCUCGUAUUGUGGGAGGAACUGUGGAAAAACUAGGACGGAGUCCAUGGCAGGUUCUGAUCCGCAGGGCCAAUGGCUACGGUUUCUGUGGAGGGACUCUGGUUUCUGAUCGUUGGGUGGUCUCUGCUGCUCACUGCUUUGAGGAGCCUGCAGACCACGUCACUAUAGGAGACUACGAUAAUCAGCGUCCCGAUCCAGGUGAGCAGGUGAUAAAGAUUGACAAAGUCUUCGUCCAUCCUCAUUUCCACUCCUUCACCUUCGACAGUGACAUCGCACUGCUCUACCUCACCCAGCCCGUCCUCAGGGGCCCCACUGCCAUCCCUGCCUGCCUGCCUGACACCCACCUGUCUAAAUAUCUGCUGAAGGAGGAGAACCGAGGGGUGGUGACGGGCUGGGGGGUCACUCAUUACCUGGGCAAGUCCUCCCGCUUCCUCAGGAAGGUGGUGCUCCCAGUGGUCAGCUACAAAGACUGCACCGCUUCAACUGAACAGGUGAUCACAGACAACAUGUUCUGUGCAGGUUACCUGGGCACAGGUAAGGACGCCUGCAGUGGAGACAGUGGCGGACCCUUUGUGGUGAAUUACAGAGGGACCUGGUUUCUGACCGGAGUUGUCAGCUGGGGGGAGCAAUGUGCUGUCAAGGGGAAGUACGGCGUUUAUACCAGACUGGGGAACUUCCUGAGCUGGAUUAGAGACACCAUGGAGAGACAGGAGCAGAACAGGACCCACGGCUGACGGAUGAAGACUGGUGAAGGUGGUGGUGAGCGUUAACACAAACUUCAGAGGAUCAUCAUUAUCAUACCAGUGAGCAGCACCAGUGGAUUGUGGGAUACUGAACUCCAUGGUGAUACACUGAAGAAGAAGCUGCAUUCAUCAAACUGUGUGACAUCUGGCAUCUGCUGGUGAAAACAUGUAGUAAAGUAACUGUCUGCUGCUGGCUGGUCUCUGGCCCCAGGUGAAGUCAUCAGGUGCUGAGGCAAUUAAUUCGAACAAAUUACGGUGCAAACCUUGUUUGAACAUGAUUUUUGGAAAAAGUGGUGGCAUGUCCUGUGUCUGCAGGGGUCUGUGUCUACAUCAGUUUGAAGUGCCAAACGUGAGAACACGUAGGUCAACACUGUUAACACGUAUGAUUCAGAGAAUAUGUGAAGAAUGUGUUUCCUGCAGUUUGAUGCACAGUCCAUAUUAACGAAUCCAACAUGUGUUGCAGCAGAUUAUGCGUGCACCUGCAGAUUCACCGUUACUGGUGAGCAUGUCCUCAAGUCCAGCACAGGCCUAAACUUAAACCUGAACCCAGCCUGCAACUUUAAGACCUGACUGAACCCAUCUGGUAGCACCACACUGGAGACCUAAACCUGAAGAGCAGGGGCUUUUAUUUUUCUUUAUUUUACCCACCACUGACCAUUUAGCUUAGCAUGCUAACGUGUGAGUGAGCUACAGCCACCUGAACCACAUGAACACUGAUGAUUGAGCCAGUCAGAGAAAAUUCAUUGUACGAAACAUUUGAAAGUCACUUAAUUGAACCCUGUCUGAAAAUUUGUGAGCCUGAGAGGCCAGAGCCGGGCUAAACCCGGCAUGUCCUGACAGAAUGUGGGUUCAUGUUGGGUUCAACAGCAGAACCGUGGCAAAUCAUACCGACACUGAGCUGUUCCUCAGGAAGGAAGGAGCUUGUCAUGUUUGACGACAUCUUUGUCCUUGAAUUUGUUUAUUCAAAGUCAUUUUGAGCAAAUGUGUCCAUUGCUGAAUGUGAAGUAACACAACACAGACAUUACACUCAGUGGCACCAAAGACCAGCCAGGAGCAGAGGGUCCGGCUUUUCACCAGUCAGCAUCACUACAGCCUAGACAUUGAGAAUGAAUCGCUGCUCAUUAGGUUGUGUGUUAACGUCACCACACUGCUGUAAAUGAGUAGGAAAUUCACAUCCACCCCAGAGAUUUACAAGAAGUUAUAGACUUUUACUACUUAAUCAUGUUUCUAGUUUCUGUACAUCAGGUCUUUAUUUUCUGAAGUACCUACAUCAUAAUGUAUAAAAUCGUUCUGACUCUAUCACAGCAACAUUGAACAAAUCUUUCUUUGUCAAACGUGUUUAUUUCAAUUCAUUAACAAGACCUUUUAUAUAAUUCAUAUGCAAGUAAAGUACUACAGUAGUGACAUAUGAUGCAUAUCGGUGAAGAAACACUACAGUGUACUUUACAACCACAAAUCAGAAAUAGCUUGGACUCUAUGUAAAGUCAAAAUUAAAACCUAAAAUAGUGAUUAUAAAUCAUCUGUGUCCUGUGUUACAUUGAAAACAGUCCAGCAGCACAUUC